AUGUACAGCGAUGUUGGCAGUAAGGUGAGAGUUGGCCUUGAAAACAGUGAUGAAUUUAACAUACAAGUUAGAAUACACCAGGGAUCAGUUCUUAUUCCACUCUUAUUCAUCAGAGUUCUCCAGGCCAUAACAGACAAAUUCAAAACUGGAUACCCAUGGAAACUACUAUAUGCUGAUGAUCUUGCUCUUAUUGCAAACUCUGAAGCAGAAUUGGAAAAGAAGUUCCAGGUUUGGAAGCAAAACCCGGAACCAAAGAUCUUUAAUGUUAACUUAGCUAAGACUAAAGUUGUUAGUGCAAGAAGAGAUAAUUCUCUCAUUCCAGCUGAUAAAUGGCCCUGUUCAAUAUGUAGAAAAGGCAUGGGGUGUAACUCCAUUUGCUGCACCAAGUAUGUAUAA